UUCCAAUCCACGACACAUCCCACUCAUAGCACCUUCUUUUCUAAGCGGACCCGUCCUCGUACACUUUUGCUAUUCUUUUUCCUUUUAUACAGAACAAAACAGAUAUUAACUUGUAUAUAUUAAUUUUUUUUUUGUAAAUAACUUGUAUAUAUUAUUCAAUCUCGUAUUCCUGUCUUAGAUCAAACGAAACGACUCUAUAUAUACAGAUACUCACAAGAUAUGUGCUUAACGUGCAAGCACAUAAACAUGCUUCUAAAACAUUAAAUAGUUUUUUCUUAUAUUCAGAACACCUUUCAUAGUUGAGACAAUAACUCUUGCACUUAUAUUCAAAAUACAUAAUAGCAUGAAUAAUGUCUAUAUUUUUUGGGGUUAUUUGUGAAGUAACCAAAACACACUAAAAUUAGUUUUUUAGAGAAAGAGAUAAAAAGAGAAAAUGGUGGGACUUUGGUUAGUUUGCGAUUUUUUUUUCUCAGUUAUUAAAUGUAAGUUCUCUAUUUUUUCUAAAUUAUAAUUUUUUGUGUGCAAAUGUUAAAAAAUGCUGAGUUGUCUGCAUUAGGAAACCAGGCUACAUUGGUACGAGUCUUAACUAUAAAUCAUCUGUUAAUAUUUUUACUUCUUUUUUGGAAAUGUAAACAUUGUAAAUAGUUCAUUCCAACAAAAAAAUGAAAUCUGAGUGGCGGAAUUAGAAUCUUGUAUCUAUAUUUCUCUGUAUAUAAUUUAUAUGCCAUGUUAAUUUAUUAUUGUCCUAAUAUAUUGAAAGAAAAAGAAAUAAAUUAUUCUGAGAUGCAGAGCCUGUAUGCAUGUGUGGACUGCAGUUAUAAGAAAAUGACAGCUUCUCGUAUGAUCAUGCUGAGUUUUGUGCAUGCAGUAAAAGGGGAAUCCAUUGUAAUCAAAUUAAUGAGACGUAAUUAAUAUAUAAAAUUUUCAUAACAAAAUUUCAACAAGUUAAUUUUAGGUUUAAGGAUUAAACAUUUAGGGUACUAUAUUUAUUGAUCCUAAUCAUUAUACUUUAUGGUUCUCCUUCAGAAAUAUGUUAAAUAAAUACUCCAUAUAUAUAGAAGUGAAUUGGAGUUAAAUUAACAUUACAUAUAGCUUUAACAUUUCUUAACGAAGAUGGGGUCAAGAAAAGCCUAAUUGCUCAUCAUUUUCCCUUAUAAAGGCUUCAUUAUUAAAAAGAUAGUGUCGCCUAAUCAAAUUCUAAACUCCCUAAUUGAUGAACCCCUAGUCUAUAGGCUUCUCAAAUCUCAGGAUUCUCUAAGAUAAUCCCUAGCCAAUGCUUGCAAGACACUAAAUAAUAAGUCUAAUCAGUGUAGCUUUGACUCCUACGAUCGCAUCACAUAUCAUCAAGGACAAGAAAACAAUUACUGAACCUUUGGUAAAAAGUUGAAAGAGUAUUAGUUACUCCAAAUCACUCAAGGCAAGUAGUUAGAAGUCCAUAGAGAACAAUCAUUUGUCAAAAAGGGUAAGUGAGAGAGGACCGGACCAAUAGGCACUUGAUUAAGAUUCUAGACCAGUUUUCUUAAACCAACUCCCAGUUUUCCAUAAAUGUCAACAACACCAUCGAUUAUAUUCUUCUUGGUAUGUUUGUCAUGAUAAUUUCGUGUGAAAUGUUAUACAAAAAGAUAACUAGAAUUCAAAGUAAUCAAGAAGAUAAUCAAGCUUACAAAGUUAUAUUCAAACAAUGUUUAGUUAGUUUAAAAAGUGGUACAUAUAUAUUCUUAGUGUAGAAGAAAGCUUAGUCAAACUCAGGAACCAAUGUUCCUUUAUGAAAAUCCGGGAGAGUAUAUGAAAUAAAUGUUUGGGGAUCCCAAGAAAAGAAAAGUAUGACACAGAACUCAAAGAAGAACAAUGACAACUCAAUCUUUUCUUUGAAACAUCACUCAGAAAACAUCAGUAUCUCUUUUCUCAAAUCCCCAAAACUCUCACUGAGAAAAGAGAAAAAAGAACAGGGUACCAAAAGAAGCAUAACACUACAACGACCAAGCACAUGGUAUUAUAAGAUUCUCUUCCUACUUUGGACAAUGAUUUUUAGCUAAGAAAAAACUAGGGCACCGAUGAUGGUAUAUGGAGUAGGACGAGUGCAUUACAUGGUCAAGAGAAUUGAUAAUCAUGUGUGACUCCCUUUCAAGCUUUAUAACGAAACAGCCUGCAGAAGAAUAGAUGAUCUAUAAAUAAGCAAAUAGCAACUCAUAGAGAACUUCUAACAAAAAACAAAAUAUUGAUGGAGAAGUAAGAAGUUGUUUAUUGCAACUUAUCAACAAAGCUAGAAGCAACCUUCAUUGUUCGUAAUAACAUGAUCUUCUUAUUUGACUGACUCAAACACACAUGCACGGAGCUCAGUAUGCAUAUUAGCAAAUCAUCAGUUGCUCUCUGUAUCCAUAUUAUACUUUGAAUUUACAUUAAAAUUUGAUAAAACUUCUAAUGAAUAUAAACUAGUGUUUCUAUAAUCAUUCACGAUUUUUUGAUAUUUUCUGCAAUAUUUUAAAUUCAUCUGGAAUAUGACCAACAACAACAAGUAAAUGGAAGAAAGGAGAUUUAUAAGCCGAUUUUAUUUACUUUCCCUGGAUAAAUUUCAUAGAUCAUCUGCGUGUUACGGAACAGACUUAAGUUAAGAUGGGCCUCAUGAUGUUGGGUUAGUAGUUAUCCAAGCCUAAGAAUUUUUUUUUUUUUUAAAACAACGAAAGGACCCAUAAAUAUCCCGUGGGCAUAUUACUUCCUAUUUGAUACCUUGAAACUACAAAUUAUAUUCAUUUUACUUCAGGCUUUACAAAGACAUAAGCCAGAAGAGCCCAAAAGAUGAACAUAAACAAAACAUGUAUGACACCGAAUAAACUUAUAAUGUAAAUCAGAUUCUAACUUUCCAAUAUCAUUAUAGUUUUAUUGACCAUUAUUAUCUGGUAAUCUAUUAACCGUAUUGGUUUAGUCGGUUUACACAUUGUAUAUUGGUAUACUAUAAGCCAGUGUAAAUAUCUUUGGUUUGUAUGGUUUAGGCCUCAUGUAUACUUGUAUAUAUACUCUCAUGUAAUUACUUUACUAAUUAAUGUGAAUGAGAUAAUUUGGUAAUAUAAUCAGACCCUACAAAAAAACAUACAAAAUUAAUGGAGAAGUAAGAAAUUUUCACGAUUAUUGCAUCUUUAAAAAAAAGUUAUAAACAAAGAUUCGUUGUUUGUGAUACUGUGGUUCUCUUAUUUAGUUGCUUCAGACACACGUGAAUUCAGUUUGCAUAUUAACAAAGAACAAUCAAUUAUUUUCCAUAUUCACAUUACACUGAAUAUGCAUUAAAAAUUAAUAAACACAUCCUUGAUAAAAAAAACAUUUUUUACAUGAACCAUGAGUUUUAGCUGCAUGACAACAACAACAAUCAGAAUUCAAUUAAAUAACAAAAGAUUUGAAAAUAUAAACCUUAAAGAAGGAAAAUUUCAGUUUAUCCUUGAAUUAAAAUACAGUAAUUAAAAGUUUUUUUUCUGCUUAUAUUUCCAGACAAAUUUCAAACCAACCUAACAUAUAUCAUAUAUGUAAAACAACUAUAUACAAAUGACAAAGAAAACAAUGAAAGGUCAUGGAUUUUUAACUAAAAAAUGGUGGUUUAGUGGUAGACGGACUUUGGAUUGCUAAGUAAUCCGGAUUUAAAAGCACAUUAUUACACUUUAUCUUGGGGCCACAUGGACAUAAAGCUAUGCUUGCGGUCUUAUUUGAAUAUUCAAAAAAAAGAAUCUAUCCAUAAUUACAUUUUUCUUUGGAGAUUAACCAGGUUCAUUCUAUAGAUUCAGGAUACCUCCAUGUAAAUCAAAAGGUCUUUUGAGAAGGGUAAAACCCACCUCCAACACACGACACUUUUAUUAGUCCUCCUCCUAUUUAUACUUUAUCUGCGAGCAAAAGGGUUUGCUAAAUUGUAAUUAGUUUUAUCUCUCUUCCCUUUGCUUCUGAACUCUUGUCUCUUUUCAGCGUAAAUAAAUACGCAGAGAAUGUUCUUUAGCUGUGGAAACCCAUUCAAGGCUCUGUUUCCAAAGAAGAACAAUGCAUGCAUGUCCUCACAUCUUGUCUCUCUAUUGAACAACUUCGAGACAAGUUUGAGGGUAUCGAUUGCAGAACUUGUACCAAAGGAUGAUGAUAAGAAUGGUUUUAUCACUGUUUCUUGGAUGAUUCAAGCAAUGCACUCUCUUUGUGAGAUACACCAGUGUAUCUCGACACUCAUGACCACCGAUGUAGACCUUCCUGUAUCCGACAUGGAAGAAAGUAUGUACGCUGACAUCAGUUCGAAGCUGCUUGAAGUCUGCUACGCCUUCACCUCGGAGCUGGCCCGGCUUAACCACGGAAACAUGUUACUCAAGUUUGCUUUUAGUGAUCCUGAUGAGGUUUCUUUAUCGCAUAUCGACUGUUGGAGGCAGCACAUGGCUUCCAAGAACCCUAGAAUCGAAAACUGCGGUGAGGUUUUGAGUAAUCUUGUUGAAUCCAUGAGUGAUGAUCAUGAUCUUCAUGUUCUCAAAAAGAAGGUGAAUAAGAAGAAGAAGAAACAAUACGAAGAAGAAAAACUUCUCAUGCGAGCUCUAUAUGGUGUUAAGGCCAAGACUUUAUACAUAUUCAGCGUGUUUGCUGCAGCGUUUUCUGCUUCUGAGAAUAUUUUGUAUAUAAACAUUCCAAAGGAGAUGAAGGAGGAGGGGGAGGUUCCAUGGGAACAAGCAUUCAUGGAACUGCAGAACGUGACCAUGAACACGUUCUUAUCCAACAGAUUCAUGGUUAUAAACGCAUUCUACAUUUGUAUUAAUGUAUAUUAAACUCUCUUUCAUUAUACUACUAGACAUCGUAUAAAUUUUUGUCAAUUAAUUUAGUAAAACUUCAAAAUACUCUCUAAAUUGGUUGAUUAACCACUAUAAAAUCGCUAUUCUCUAAAAAAACAACGACAAUAAAGGUUCCAAACCUCUUUGACCUUCAUCAUAGGUUAGUGUAGGAUGCAACUAUGCAUUAAAAUAUAAUUUUCAUAUUUUUCUAUAAAUGCUCUAUAUACUGAAGCCUAU